CUGUCUACUUCAAUGAACGUUCUAAAGCUUCUAUUUUUCGUAACUUUGAUCGCAAGUCUCGUUUUUUCCUCACUGCAAAUGGACAGUUUAAAAGAUUUAGAAGAAGCGUUACAAGAUAUAGGAACGCAAGAUUCACAAGCUUUACAAGCUUCACAAGCUAAAGAAGAACCUAAACCGAGUUUAAGCCCUCGAAAAAAGCUAAUAGCUAAUAGAAGUCAAAAGACUCAACUAAGUCUAGAAGCUCAAAUACACGCAGAAUUGCUUCAGUCUGAAAUUUUAGAAGCAGAUCGAAAUAUUGAAAAUUUAGAAAUAUCUUUACAGAAUCUAGCCUUUCAAGAACUUCGAAGCGAACUAGAACAUCUAAAAAAAGAACUAGAACAUCUAAAAAAAGAACUAGAAGGGGCAAAUAUAAAAAAAGAUCAAGCAUAUACAAAAGAUAUCAAAGAAGAGGUGCAAGAUUAUCUAGAAGAAACAUAUCUAAAAAACAAAGAAAAUAUAGAUCACUUUCUACAAGAUCUAAGAGCUGAAAACGCUCUCAAAUCUUUAGAAAAAAAUAUUGAAGAAAUAUAUCAAAACCUAAAAAAAGAGGAGCAAGAUAUACGAGAUAAUCUAGAAGAUCUAGAAGAUGAUCCAAAAAUGAUGAAAGAACUGAAAAAAAUUGAAGAAGAUAUAGAAACCAUAUAUGAGAGGAAAAAAAAAUGGUCGCAAAAUUUACAACAUGUGAAAGAUGAUCCACAAGUUCUAAAAGUUUUACAAGAUCUGAAAGAUGAUCCACAAGUUCUAAAAGAGUUAAAACAUAUAGAAGAAAAAUAUCAAUCGUGGAAGAAAUUUCUGCAAGAUUUACAAGAUCUACAGGAUCUGCAAUAUUAUUCAAAAAUUCUACAAUCUCUGAGAGAAGUUAUUGAAGAAGAGGAUAAAGAAACUCAAACAACCCUACAAGUGCUAAAGAAUCAAACAUAUAAACAACUUCUAGGUGAUCUGAAACAACUACCAGCUUUGAGAGAUCUAGAAAAAACUCCCAGCUUCGGAAAAUCUAAACACAAAAAGCUAAAAGCGCCAAAAAAAUUCGAAGCCCGAAAAAGAAGAUCUCAAGCAGUUCUGGCAAGAGCAGUGCCACCGAAACGCGCCUCAUCAAACAAUAAAUAA